ACAUACUCUGUUCUCUAAUAUUAUAUUUUCGGUUCAUUCCCAAAUUCCAAAUAAAACACACGCAUACAUUCAAAACUCGAUUUGGACGUAUCCAAACGAAACAAACACACACACACACACGGUAAUCGCAUCAUCUUAUUUGGUGUAGCACACAUCGGUUAAUGUGUGAUGUGUUUUUUUGUUGCUGUCAGUGUUGAACUGUCAGUGUAUGUGUAGUAGUUGCCUAGUUGAAUUGCGUAUAGAAACAAACAUAGAAAGGAAAACUCCAUACAAACAUAGACACGAAUAUUGCUACGAAUAGUGUAAUAGAAUCAUAAGUGUGUGUAUGUAUCUAAAAAAAUUGAAAGAAAGAAAUUCAGUCUCAAUUCAAUAGUCAUUCGUUCGUAUACAACUCGGAGCUCACAUUCUCGAUUUUGGAAGUGAAAUCUUGUUUGGAUUGUGUGGAGAGUGAAACAUUUUUGAAUAAUUACAACGUUUGCCGAUUUUUCCCCAUAAAAUUGGCGGACAGCAGGCAACAAACGAACGCAAUUGGUUUUGAGUGUGUACAGAGAGAAUCAGGAAAAGAAAAACGAGAACAUCAACUUUAGACGAAGUACUAGUGUGUGAUAAUUAAAAAUGUCGGCUGAACGUGAAAUCGCAGCCGAGGAUAGCAUUAGAGUGGUUUGCCGUUUUCGGCCGCUAAACGAUAGCGAAGAAAAAGCUGGAUCCAAAGUUAUUGUCAAAUUUCCAAAUUCCCAAGAAGAGAAUUGUUUAUCGAUCGGGGGAAAAGUUUAUUUAUUCGAUAAAGUAUUUAAACCAAAUGCUACCCAAGAAAAAGUAUACAACGAAGCAGCCAAGUCCAUCGUUACCGAUGUUCUUGCUGGCUACAAUGGAACAAUUUUCGCCUACGGUCAAACAUCUUCCGGUAAAACGCACACAAUGGAAGGUGUUAUCGGUGAUCCGACGAAACAAGGUAUAAUUCCUCGAAUUGUGAACGACAUCUUCAACCAUAUUUACAGCAUGGAAGUGAAUCUUGAGUUCCACAUUAAAGUCUCCUACUAUGAAAUUUAUUUGGAUAAAAUUCGAGAUUUGCUUGAUGUGUCGAAGGUGAAUUUGAGUGUGCAUGAGGAUAAAAAUCGUGUGCCUUUUGUAAAAGGAGCCACUGAACGUUUCGUAUCGAGUCCAGAAGAAGUGUUUGAAGUGAUCGAAGAUGGAAAAUCGAAUCGACACGUGGCCGUUACAAACAUGAACGAACACUCAUCACGUUCGCAUUCAGUGUUUUUGAUCAAUGUAAAACAAGAAAAUUUAGAGAAUCAGAAAAAAUUGUCGGGUAAAUUGUAUUUGGUCGAUUUGGCUGGUUCGGAGAAGGUAUCGAAAACCGGAGCCGAAGGUGCUGUGCUCGAUGAAGCGAAAAAUAUCAACAAAUCGCUUUCAGCUUUGGGUAACGUAAUUAGUGCAUUAGCCGAUGGCAACAAAUCACACAUUCCCUAUCGUGAUUCAAAGUUGACGAGAAUUUUACAAGAGUCCCUUGGUGGUAAUGCACGUACAACAAUUGUGAUUUGCUGUUCACCGGCCAGUUUCAACGAAUCCGAAACAAAAUCUACGUUGGAAUUCGGUAAACGUGCUAAAACCGUUAAGAAUGUGGUUUGUGUUAAUGAAGAGUUGACGGCUGAAGAAUGGAAGCGUCGCUAUGAGCGUGAAAAAGAGAAAAAUGGCCGACUUAAGGGCAAAUUGGAAAAAUUGGAACAAGAAUUGGCCAAGUGGCGUGCAGGUGAAACGGUGUCCACCGAUGAACAAGUUAAUUUCCAAGAAAUCAUGGAAGCAAGCACAUCGACUUUGGAAGCGACCGAAAACGAUGUUGCACGAGCGAAUCUACCGAAACCACCUGUAACCGUUAUGGAAGGCUCCGUUUCGAACGAAGAGCGUGCUCGCUUAGAAGCAGAACGUGAACGUUUGUACCAACAAUUGGACGACAAAGAUGAGGAGAUUAACCAACAAUCACAAUAUGUGGAAAAACUCAAAGAACAGAUCAUGGACCAAGAAGAACUCAUCGCAAACGCUCGACGGGAUUACGAAAACUUGCAGAGUGAAAUGUCCCGCAUUCAACAAGAGAAUGAAAGCGCUAAAGAGGAAGUCAAAGAAGUUCUUCAAGCUCUCGAAGAAUUGGCUGUUAAUUACGAUCAAAAGAGCCAUGAAAUCGAAACCAAGAACAAGGACAUUGAAACCAUUAGCGAAGAGUUGCAACAGAAACAAACACUGUUAAAUACCACAACCACAGAAUUCCAACAACUUAAAGACAUGUCAGCACACCAGAAAAAACGUAUCAACGAAAUGCUUACCAAUUUAUUACGCGAUCUCAGUGAAGUUGGUCAAUCGUUGGUCGUCGGAAACACUGAAAAUGCUGUCGAUAUGAAAAUCAAUCCGGAAACCGUUGGCACGGGUAAAAUGGAGGAGGAAUUCACUGUGGCUCGACUUUAUAUUAGCAAAAUGAAAUCGGAAGCCAAGAAUUUGGCUCAACGUUGUCAGAACUUGGAAUCGAAUCAAACCGAUUCGAACAAGAAAGUUUCGGAGUAUGAACGUGAAUUGGGCGAAUGUCGACUACUUAUUUCGCAGCAUGAGGCUCGCAUGAAAUCGUUACAGGAAUCGAUGCGCGAAGCAGAAAACAAGAAACGUAGCCUUGAAGAAAAUAUUGAUGCGCUACGUGAAGAAUGUGCAAAAUUAAAGGCCGCCGAACAUGUAUCAGCGGUCAACGCAGAAGAAAAACAAAAAGCCGUAGAAUUGCGUUCUAUGUUCGACAAUCAAAUGGAUGAAUUACGAGACGCCCACACAAAACAAGUGGCCGAGCUACGUGAUGAAAUUUCGGAGAAACAAGAAGUUAUCAACGAACUUAAAGAUUUCAAUCAAAAGAUGACACUCGCUCACCAACAACUCAGCAGCGAUUAUGAGAAAUUGAAACAAGAAGAAGCAGAGAAAUCUACUAAAUUACAGGAUCUCAUCCUAGCGAAUGAACGCCGUGAACAAGCGCGGAAGGACUUGAAGGGUUUGGAAGAUACCGUAGCAAAAGAACUCCAGACACUUCACAAUUUGCGUAAAUUAUUCGUGCAAGAUUUGCAGGCUCGAAUUAAGAAGUCAGCUGCUGCUGAAGAAAGUGAAGAUGAUGGUGGUUCAUUGGCCCAGAAACAGAAGAUUUCAUUCUUGGAGAAUAAUCUAGAGCAAUUAACGAAAGUGCAUAAGCAACUGGUUCGGGAUAAUGCCGAUUUGCGUUGUGAAUUGCCCAAGCUGGAGAAGCGUUUACGCACCACAAUGGAUCGCGUAAAGGCAUUAGAAACUGCGCUGAAGGAGGCUAAGGAAGGUGCAAUGCGCGACCGAAAACGAUACCAAUACGAAGUGGAUCGCAUCAAAGAAGCCGUCCGUCAAAAGAACUUGGCACGUCGUGGACCUCAGCCACAAAUCGCUAAACCGAUUAGAGCCGGGCAGGGACAUGUUCAAGGCGGAAUUCGUGCUGGACAAGGAAAUCCAGUAGCUAAAUCAGUCUUACCAAAAACCUUCUCACAAAACUAAAUCAACCAGUGAAUGUUUGUAUGUUUUACCGAUCGAAUUGCGAUUUAAUUUAGUGGCUAAUUGUAAGUGACCGAGACACUGAAACACAUCGAGAAGGAAGAAAAUACAAAAAAAAAAAAAGAUGCAAUCUACCAUAAUAAAAAAAAAAACAUUUUUUUCUCGCGCUAAAAUCGAUCGAAUCCAUUGUUUCGAAUGGAUCACGUUUCGGUGUUGUUUUUUUUGUAAGCAAACUUGCCGUGCUUUAAUUACAAUUGCAAAUUUAUUAUUCUAAUCGAAAAAAAGAGAAAAAAAUCUAGAAGAAAAAAUUGUUAUAAUGUAAUGCUUGUUUGAACAUCAGCAAAAGAGUAAAAAAAA